UUUUAGUUGUAAUUUAUGGUGUUUGCUCAACUGGGGUUGCUUGUUUAGCAAUGCUCAUAAAAGGACCAGUAAUACAGGCUGGCUCAACUUUAAGCGGUGCCAUAAGUGGGAGUUCCUCAGCCUUAUUUAUACUGGGAGCUUUCACCGCCACUUCCAACUGGAAGGGAGCGAUAACGGGACCAGUUGUAUCUUUCAUAAUCCUGCUCUGGAUUGCUAUCGGAGGCCAGUCUAUUAAAGGCAAUAAUCAAUAUUUACCUCCUGGUCCAACUGAUCGAUGUGAAAUUUCAAAUGGAAGCAGUGUUUAUAACAUUUCCGUCUAUAACAAUGUCACGUCGUUGUAUAACGAUACAAUAGACAUUGUAUAUGAUGGAAAUCUGUUAAAUCAUUCCAGUAUUAUGGAACCUCAAAACAGGGAUCCAGCACUUGUAUGGCAUUUCUCAUCUCCUAUAUGCACCGCUGGGGAUACUCCUUGCCAUAGUUAUCGGGCUUGUAGUCAGUUGGGCAACAG